AAGCCUUUGAAAUUGUAGUACGACAUGCAAGAAAUUUCACCAACAGCAUGUUUAGGACCCACUACCAGAGCAUGGGGCCCAGAGCCCUUAAGUUUGUUGGAGAACUUUUUACUGAUGUCUCCCUGUACAUAUUGGGGUCCGACAUCAGUGUUAAUGACAUGAUAAAUGAGUUUUUUGACAGUUUAUUCCCUUUGGUUUACUCUCACUUGAUUAAUCCUGGCUUUCCCGAUCCCUCCGUGGAAAUGACUGAAUGUCUGCGAGCAGCCAGGAGAGAUCUCAAAGUUUUUGGUAACUACCCGAAGAUGAUGAUGACACAGGUGUCCAAGUCGCUUCAGGCCACGCGAGUCUUUCUGCAGGCACUCAACCUGGGGAUUGAGGUGAUAAACACUACUGACCACCUGAAGUUCAGCAAGGACUGUGGCCGAGCGCUGCUCAAGCUGUGGUACUGCUCACACUGCCAAGGGCUCCUCCUGGCCAGGCCCUGUGCCAGCUCCUGCGGCCUGGUGGUGCAGGGCUGCUUGGCGGGCGUCGCGGAGAUUGACGCCCACUGGCGGGAGUACAUCGGGUCUCUGGAGGGGCUGACCAGAGGCAUGCGUGGCAUCUACGACAUGGAGCACGUCCUCCUGAACCUCUUCUCCUUGGUGCGGGACGCCAUUGCCUACGUGCAGAAGAGCAAAGGGAAGCUCUUGACAACU